CUAUACACACCCUACACUUUCUCCAUCUCUCACCAUCAUCAUCCAAUGGCUCAGAUCCAGCCCCGCCACGACCCCCAGCGGCACCAGCUCUCCCACCAGGUGGCCAAGACCACCACCGCCGUCACCCUCGGCGGCUCCCUCAUGCUCCUCUCCGGCCUCACCCUCGCCGCCACCGUCAUCGGCCUCGUGCUCGCCACCCCGCUGCUCGUCAUAUUCAGCCCCGUCCUCGUCCCCGCCGCCAUCACCGUCUUCUUGAUCCUCGCCGGCUUCAUCACGUCCGGCGGCUUCGGGGCCGUGGCCAGCUUCGUCUUCUACUGGAUGUACAGAUACGCCACCGGGAAGCACCCCAUCGGCGCCGACCAGAUCGACAGCGCCAGGGACAAGAUCGCCCACGCCGCGCACGACGUCAAGGACAAGGCGGAGCACUACGGCCAGCAGCACGUCAAGGGCGCUCAGGGAACUUAGAUUUUAUAAAUUAAUACUUCUGUGGUUUUUGUUGUUUAUGUGUUGAUGUGUGUGUGUGUGUAUCCUUGCUCAUAAUUCACAAUUUCUGCUCAAAACAUUAGUAUUUUUGUGUUCCUGUGUUUAUUUUUUUUUUUUUGAUGCGUUUGUGUUCCUGUGUUUUGUGUAAUCUUUUUCUAUUUUCUCUUCCGUACUGUCUUGUGUUGUGUGUUUAUCCUCUCAUUCCUCUACGAAUAAUGUUACAACAUUUGUAAUGCUAUUAUGUACUUGAUGAUUAAUUCUCUA